AUGCAAUUUUCCAAUGUCAUUAUAGCUUUAGCCGCUUCCGCAUCAGUUGUAUCUGCUGCUAACGCUACUGCUAACGAUACUACUGCAUCAAACGUUACUACUCAAACUACUUCGAACGCUGGUGCUGCAUUUGUAGGCACUGGUGCUGGAGGAACAGGUGCUUUUGCUGCCGCUGCUGCUGCCGGUAUGGUUGCCUUGUUGUUUUAA